UAGCGGGAAAACCAGUCACCCCCUUAGUAGUUAAAGGUCUUCUAGUUGAAUCUGCCUUAGAAAAACUAAAAUAUACUCCAGUUUGUAAUUUUUAUUUCCGAGUGACGGAUUAUUGAUAUUCUUUAUGGAAUUUUGUUAAAUAGAUUUCACAUUUCCUUCGUUAUUUUUUUUCUUAAUACAUUUCUUUCACUUGUUUCUGGAAUUCUAUUGAGUCUACAAUUUUGGAUUCUACACAGCAUUAUUUGAAUGAUGGAUUGCUAAUUUUGGACCUAAUCACUAAAGUCUAUAUGUGUCUAUAAAGUGAUAUAUGGCUACAAUAAAGUAACAAAUAUUGGUCUUUUAUGGAAUACAUAAAUACUAUAUGGGAGCGGUGGACGUAAUCCGCCUAUUGCUUUCAACCAAGUUUAACUUUGUAGUUGCCCACGUUAUUUUUCUUCUUUGUCAAAAAAAGGUUUAACUUUGUAAAUAAAAUAUAGUUAAUUCAACUUGUUUUUUAAUGAAUUAUCCCAUGAUAAAAAUACAUAUAAACUUAGUCUCCUGUAGCUAACAGAGUUAUUUAAACAGCACCUUCUGUAUAUCGGAAAAGACAAAAAUCAAAAUUCAUACGAUAUAGUGGAAUUCGUAUUAUUAGAAACUAUUAAUAUUGUCUAAGAAAAUGCUAAUAUUCAAUGGUAAGAUGAAACUGAAAGUAUAGUAACUAAUCUUAAGCCAUUUCAGAAAAAGAUUUAUCAAUUUCAGUUAAACGAUGUAACCGGCUAUAUAUGUAUUGACCAAACCGGUUCUGUGAGCCGGUUUAAGGUAAUUUUGGGAAUGCAACCGAUUCUAGAAUAUUUGGCCGCCGGACAUCGGAGAUUUAAAUUAGUUGUCGUAGACGACAUGCGUAUUAAUGGACCACGUAAAGUUGUCAGCUUCCUUUUAUUAAACUAAAGUUUUAAUCUAAUGAAAUUUUUUGACUUAGUCAACGUUAACACCAUGCACGUACGAAAAAAAAAUAUAUAUAGUUCUUCUAAUCACGCAAUAUUCACUCAAAACACAAAUCAAUUUAACAACAACAACAACGAGAUCAACAACAGAAAAAUAUCAAAUCAAGAAUGUCGAUGUUUCUCUAUUUCUUUUUGUCAAUGCCUCUUCUUUUUAUUUUCUUCAAAAGGCUCUCAAAUUCUAAGGGGAAGUUUCCCCCGGGACCUAUGGGGCUUCCGAUCAUCGGAAACUUGCACCAACUUGGAAAAUCUCUUCACAGAUCAUUUCACAAACUCUCUCAAGAGUAUGGACCCGUGAUGUUUCUUCGUUUUGGCGUGGUCCCUGUGGUUGUGUUCUCCACAAAAGAAGCAGCUGAAGAAGUUCUCAAGACUCAUGAUCUCGAGACUUGUACUCGACCAAAGCUAUCUGCGACGAAGUUGUUCUCUUACAACUACAAAGACAUUGGCUUUGCUCAGUACGGUGAUGAUUGGAGAGAGAUGAGGAAGCUUGCGAUGCUCGAGCUCUUCAGCUCGAAAAAACUAAAAGCGUUCAGGUAUAUCCGAGAGGAAGAGAGUGAAUUGCUCGUCAAGAAACUCUCUAAAUCUGCUGAGACACAAACUUUGGUGGAUUUGAGAAAAGCUCUUUUCUCUCUUACCGCGAGUAUCAUAUGUAGACUCGCUUUUGGACAGAACUUCCACGAGUGCGAUUUUGUCGACAUGGACAAAGUUGAGGAGUUGGUGCUCGAGUCUGAGACCAAUCUUGGCUCAUUCGCGUUCACUGACUUCUUCCCCACGGGCCUUGGGUGGAUUAUAGACCGGAUCUCUGGCCAACAUUCGGAGCUGCACAAAGCCUUUGCAAGACUAAGCAAUUUCUUUCAACAUGUGAUCGAUGAUCAUUUGAAGCCUGAACAACCUCAAGAUCAUUCAGACAUCAUUGGUGUCAUGCUGGAUAUGAUCAAUAAAGAGAGCAAAGUUGGCUCUUUCAAAGUCACAUAUGACCAUCUUAAAGGAGUCAUGUCGGAUGUAUUUUUGGCGGGAGUAAACGCAGGCGCUAUAACGAUGAUAUGGGCCAUGACCGAGCUGACAAGACAUCCAAGAGUGAUGAAGAAACUCCAACAAGAGAUUCGAGCAACUCUUGGAGACAACAAAGAAAAAAUCACUGAACAAGAUUUGGAGAAAGUUCACUUCUUGAAACUUGUGAUCCAAGAAACUUUCAGACUACACCCACCAGCUCCCCUCUUGCUCCCAAGAGAGACAAUGUCUGACAUCAAGAUUCAAGGUUACAACAUUCCUAAAAACACAAUGAUUGAGAUCAACACAUACGCAAUAGGACGUGAUCCCAAUUGCUGGACGAACCCUAACGAGUUUAUCCCCGAGAGGUUUAUAGAUAACCCUAUAGACUACAAGGGUCAGCAUUUUGAACUGUUGCCAUUCGGUGGAGGCCGUAGGAUCUGUCCCGGGAUGGCCACUGGGAUGACCAUCGUGGAGCUCGGUCUACUUAAUGUUCUUUACUUCUUUGAUUGGAGUUUACCCGAUGGAAUGACCAUUGAAGACAUUAACAUGGAAGAAGCUGGAGCUUUCGUCAUAGCCAAGAAAGUCCCGCUUGAGCUGGUUCCAGUUAUUCAUUACUAGUGGAUGAUGCCUUGAUACCGUUUGAAUUUCUUUUUGGCUCUUCGCAGUCUCACGAUUAAUUCCUUUGUCUGUUUAUUAUUUUUUUAUAGGUUCCCUAAUGUCACUUGUUUGUUUAAUAAAUUUCUUAAAAGCAAUAAAUAAAUGUCUGUUUAUAUUAAACCGUAUUUUUGGUCUAUUAUCUUCAUCUCUACUCUAUUUUUCCUCUAAAAUGGAGUAAAAUUGACUAUAGAAUAAAUAAUGUUCUAACUCAAUUCUAUAGUUCACUCUAUAAUGAAGUUUAUUCCAUUAAUGGAUUAUGGAGUAAUAUAUUUUUUGUUUAUUCAUCACUCCAUUAUAGAAUAAGAAAUGAAUUAGGGUUGAACUAAUUUUAUUUCUUUUCACUUUUAUUCUGUUUUGGAGAAAAUAUAGAGUUUUAUAUUAAAGAUGCUCUUAGCUCUUGUCAAAUUUUUCACAUUUUCGACUAUUUUUGUCCCGUUUAUCACUCUUUCUUUCCAAUAAAUAUGACAUAGCUACCACGUAUAUUAUUAUUGCUUAAUUUCUUGAAUCUUAGAAUAAUUAUAUUUUUGAAGGCAGUUUCGUUAUAUGAAGUCCUUAGAUUUGGGUGUACUACGCAAUAUUAUAUGAAUGGAAGAUUGGUAACGCUCACGUAUUUUUUAAAGCAAAUCACUGUAUUUGUUAAUAAGAUAUUAAGAUGAUAAAUAACCUUGAUGGCUUUCAGUCAACUUCAACUUUCUAAGUAACAUGAUACUACUAUUUAAUUCAACCUUAAAUUUCAGUUUUAUGAAGUCAACAGUUUUGGGUUUACGCAACACGGUGUACUUGAAUGGAAGAAUCCUGAUGUUGGAAUGGCGGACCUAAUCACGUGUAUUAAAUCUACAUUUAGUUAUAAGAUAAGAUGCUACCUGUAUGGCUUUCAGUCAACUUUAACUUUCUAUUUAGUGUGCUAAUAUGUAAUUCGACAUGUCCUUUGGUUAUUUGUUUAAUAAAAUUAAACAAGGAUACAAUCAAUUCAGACUUAGAGCAUGAUUAACACUAGGGGGGGGGGGGGGGGGGGGGGGGGGGGGUGGGGGUGCGGGUUGUUAGGUUUUUUUUUUUCUUUUUUUUGUUUGAUUUAAAAAAAAAUUAAAAACAGACCUAUCGUAAAUCGCCACGUGUCAAUGGAAUCUGCGAACAGUACACAAACCCAAUUAAAGUCACCUCUUGCAGAAGUGGAGAAAGAACCAAGUUUAAAGAUAUCGACCCACCUCUUAAGAACCAAGUUAAGAGGUGGGAUUAAUGCUGCUCUUAGUUCCUUGAAUGAUGUAACGUAUAUAGUGACUCUAAACAACCCUAUAAAAAUAAAGGAAAUUGAUACAAAUAUCACAUAGUACUAUUUUUCAUGUUUAUAAUAAUCAUUUUUAUAUUCACUUUUAAUGAAGUGUAACAGAUACUUAUACCUCUAGUGUUAACUAAUCUAGACUUAAGAUUUAGAAUUGAGAGUGGGGUACAAUUUUUGGAAUGUGAAAUUUAUGAUUUUAAUAAAUAUAUAAAUAAAUACUUAGAAAAUAUUAAAAAUAUAGUUUCAAACAUAAUUUUUGAUAAAAAGAAAUUUUGAAAAAAAAUCAAAUUUUUUUUAAAAAAAAAUUUGAAUUUGAAAAAAUAUAAUUCAAAAAUAUAUUUUUUAUUUUUAUUUAUUUAAAUAAUAAUUUAUUUUAUAUAUAUAUAUAGAGAACAAGAGUAUAGGAGUAUUUUGCCACUUAAUGAAAAAAGUGGGUUCUUAGGUUUUUUUCUUUUUUUGUCCGAUUAAAAGAAAAUUAAAAAUUAAAAAACAGACAAAUCGUGGACCGCCACGUGUCAGUAGGACCUGCGAACAGUACACAAACCCAACUAAAGUCGCCUCUUGGAGAAGAGGAGAAAGAGUCAAGUUUAAAGAUAAUGGUGCGACCCACCUCUUAAGAACCAAGUUAAGAGGUGGGGUUAAUGCUGCUCUUAGUUGCUUGAAUGAUGUAACGUAUAUAGUUACUCUAAACAACCCUAUAAAAAUAAAGGAAAUUGACACAAAUACCACAUAGUACCAUUUUUCAUAUUUUUCAUGUUUACAAUAAUCAUUUUUACAUUCACUUUUAAUGAAAUGUAAAAGACACUUAUACCUCUAGUGUUAACCAAUUUAGACUUAAGAUUUAUAAUUGAGAGUGGGGUAAAAUUUUUGGAAUGUGAAAUUUAUGAUUUUAAUAAAUAUAUAAAUAAAUACUUAGAAAAUAUUAAAAAUAUAGUUUCAAACAUAAUAUUCGAUAAAAAGAAAUUUUGAAAAAAAAAAUCAAAAAUUUUUUUAAUAUAAAACUUCGAAUUUGAAAAAAUAUAAUUCGAAAACAUAAUUUAUUUUUUAUUUUAUUUAUUUAAAUAAUAAUUUAUUUUAUAUCUAUAUAGAAAACAAGGGUAUUUUAUCACUUAAUGAAGAAAAUAUUUUUAAAAAUAUUUUUGAAAAUAUUCUUUUAGUGGUGUUAAAAUGAAAAGUGGUACCAUGAAAGUGGUAAACAUGAAAUUUCCCCAAAAAUAAACUUCAAACGAGUUUUAGCCAGUUCAUUGUUGGAACUUGGAAGCCAAUAUUAAUGUGUAAAUAAAAGAGAUUAGUUUUGAAAUGGUAAGGGAAUUGAUAUUUUAGUUUAAUUGCACAUAUAAUCUAAUUUUAAGCCGAUUUUAGGUAAACUUGCAAAUACAACUGGUUAAUGUAAAAUAAUGGAGUUAUCAAAAAAAAAAAAAAAAAUGUAAAAUAAUGGCGG